GGGGGACCGCAGUUGUGCCGCAGCUAAGCAAAAUCGUGAUGUGACGUCAUCGCGGCAACGGUAAAACGUCAUCUAGCGUCUUCUGGCGACAAAUCAAGAAGCCAAUAGCAGAUCUCACUGAAAAAUUGUUGGCGACACUGCACUGUGUCAACGUGCUUUUCAUGAUAGGAUCGUGUAGUAAACAGAGGCAGAGGUGCGAGGGGAGCUCAUUACUGAAGAAAUAUAUGCAAAUGUCACGAGGAAUCGCUGUUCUUUGGAUGAAACUUUACCGACGAGAAAAUAUUAUGCAUAUAUUUGAUGGUUAGCGGACCAGUUUAAUUUCUAGAAUACAAAAGAAGUUCAACAUUAAACUAGCCAAACUAGCCUCCCCUCUGGCAUAACGAUAGCAGCUGAUAAUUUUUCCCUCUGCGAAACUAGUUUUUUUAAAUGAAUUUCUCAGAUUAUGCUGCUGGUUUGCAAAUCUAGGACAACGUGAUCUCGAGGAACAAUAGAUCAGCUAUUUUUCAUCCAUGGUGGUUGCAAGUUGUAAAGAGAUGGAUGGUAUCGGGAACACAAUGCAGAAGAAGGCUGCGGAGCUCGAGCGCAUGGCCGAGGUUCUGGUCACCGGAGAGCAGUUGAGGUUGCGUCUCCAUGAAGGGAAGGUGAUUAAGGACCGCAGGCAUCACCUGAGGACGUAUCCCAACUGCUUCGUGGCCAAGGAGCUGAUCGACUGGCUGCUGGAGCACAAGGAGGCGUCAGACAGAGACACAGCCAUCAAGAUCAUGCAGAAACUCCUGGACCAGAGCAUCAUCCAUCACGUUUGUGACGAACACAAGGAGUUCAAAGACAUGAAACUCUUCUAUCGCUUCAGGAAAGAUGACGGGACGUUUCCGCUGGACAACGAAGCCAAGGUCUUCAUGAGGGGACAACGGAUAUAUGAAAAGCUGAUGAUGAACACAGAGACGUCCAUCCUAGCGACUCGGGAAGAAGAGGGUGAGACGUUUGAACGGACGCUGGUGGCCUCCGAGCUUGUCGAUUGGCUGCUGGUGGAGGGAGAGAUGGCAACCCGAGAGGAGGCGGAGCAUCUUGGACGGAGGCUUCUAGAACACGGGAUCAUGCAGCAUGUGACAAACAAGCACCACUUUGUGGAUGGAGGACUGCUGUACCAGUUCAGACUGAACUUCAGGAGGAGACGGCGUCUGAUGGAGCUGCUGAACGAGCGCUGUCGUACCAUCCCAGAGAGCCAUGACAGCCCCUUCUGUCUCCGCAAACAGAACCCAGAGGGAGGCAACACCAGCUUCCUAUCUGUGAGUCCUACUAAAGAGAUCAAGAUGAUAGUGGGGAUCCGUCGCAGCAGCAUGAGUAGCAGCUGUGGCAGCAGUGGUUACUAUAGCAGCAGUCCCACCCUCAGUAGUAGCCCCCCGGUGCUCUGCAACCCAAAGUCAGUGUUGAAGAGACAAGUGAAUCCUGAGGAGCUGCAGACCCCAGGAGGCCCCUACAUAAAGAAGACAUUCACAAUCAUGGGGGACGCGGUCGGCUGGGGCUUCGUGGUGCGAGGUAGUAAGCCCUGCCACAUCCAGGCUGUCGACCCCAGUGGCCCCGCAGCUGCAGCUGGGAUGAAGGUGUGUCAGUUUGUGGUCUCGGUCAACGGGCUAAACGUGCUGUCUCUGGACUACAGGACAGUCAGUAACCUCAUCCUGACCGGGCCCAGAACAGUUGUCAUGGAAGUCAUGGAGGAAGCAGAUUACUGAGGAGGCAGGCUAUCACGUGGCAGGGGGCGUGGCUGAGCAGAGUAGACCCAAGGCAGACCCUAAAGACAUCAUGGAGAUAGAAGUGUCUUUAUGGAACUCUAUGAAAACUCUCUCUAGGGUUCUAACUCUAUGAAAACUCUCUAGGGUUCUAACUCUAUGAAAACUCUCUCUAGGGUUCUAACUCUAUGAAAACUCUCUCUAGGGUUCUAACUCUAUGAAAACUCUCUCUAGGGUUCUAACUCUAUGAAAACUCUCUCUAGGGUUCUAACUCUAUGAAAACUCUCUCUAGGGUUCUAACUCUAUGAAAACUCUCUAGGGUUCUAACUCUAUGAAAACUCUCUCUAGGGUUCUAACUCUAUGAAAACUAUCUCUAGGGUUCUAACUCUAUGAAAACUCUCUCUAGGGCUCUAACUCUAUGAAAACUCUCUCUAGGGCUCUAACUCUAUGAAAAUUAUCUAGGGUUCUAACUCUAUGAAAAUUAUCUAGGGUUCUAACUCUAUGAAAACUCUCUAGGGUUCUAACUCUAUGAAAACUCUCUAGGGUUCUAACUCUAUGAAAACUAUCUCUAGUGUUCUAACUCUAUGAAAACUCUCUCUAGGGUUCUAACUCUAUGAAAACUCUCUAGGGUUCUAACUCUAUGAAAACUCUCUCUAGGGUUCUAACUCUAUGAAAACUCUCUCUAGGGUUCUAACUCUAUGAAAACUCUCGCUAGGGUUCUAACUCUAUGAAAACUCUCUCUAGGGUUCUAACUCUAUGAAAACUCUCUCUAGGGUUCUAACUCUAUGAAAACUCUCUCUAGGGUUCUAACUCUAUGAAAACUCUCUAGGGUUCUAACUCUAUGAAAACUAUCUCUAGGGUUCUAACUCUAUGAAAACUCUCUAGGGUUCUAACUCUAUGAAAACUCUCUCUAGGGUUCUAACUCUAUGAAAACUCUCUCUAGGGUUCUAACUCUAUGAAAACUCUCUCUAGGGUUCUAACUCUAUGAAAACUCUCUAGGGUUCUAACUCUAUGAAAACUCUCUCUAUGGUUCUAACUCUAUGAAAGGCUCAUUCAAGCUCUGCCAGCCACCACCCGCUGUCUCUCUCCUAUUGGACACCGCCACCCUCUGUAUCUCUCCUAUUGGACACUGCUGCCCUCUGAUGGGCUCCAAUAGAACUGCUAGGAGAGGAGAGAAGGACAUUAGCUACUCUGUUAGAUACACACGUCUAAUCAUUGUCCUCCUGUCUCACCUGUCUAGUUGAUGUUGAGACAUCAGAUGGACCCUGAUAACAGAGUGGACUGUUUCUCACAGUAAGGGUUGUAAAAUGUUCUGUACUGUGCUCCAUGAUUAGGGGGCUGUGCCCUGCUAUCCCCUUCUGGUUUGUCAGUGUCUCCUGUGGGCUGGACUGUGUGUUUCUUCACUUAUUGAUGGUACUAUCUACCCAUGUGUUAGGCUGUGUGGGGAGAGACAGAUAUGGACCGGGCUAGAUCUGCCUGUCUCUCUCUAUCCCAGGACGAGAUGUGGUGAAGUUGAAGGCAGGCCUGUCUCUCUCUAUCCCAGGACGAGAUGUGGUGAAGUUGAAGGCAGGCCUGUCUCUCUCUAUCCCAGGACGAGAUGUGGUGAAGUUGAAGGCAGGCCUGAAGGAGACCGACAGCAUAUCAUCCAGGACAGGAGUGUGAAGCAUUAUCAAGCGACUGUUCAAUCUGCUGCACCAAAUGAUAAUGCAAACGAUGUCAAACUAAUCCAUAGCUAUUUGGGCGUGUGACAGAGAUACCAACCUGGUUACACUGUGUAGUUGUGUAUAGGUCACUCACUAUACAUUGUGGUAGUUGUGUGAAGUUGGCCGUAGUUUAACCAAGCAAACAUGGUUGUAUAAUGUUCAUGUUUAUGCAGGACUAAUUGUUGUCAAUGAAGUGUCUUUUCCCAGUACACUUAGGGCGAGUUUCCCGGACAACAAGUCCUGGACUAAAAAGCCAAAUCGUUAGAUAAUCUCCAUUGAAAGUGUUUUUUGGUCCAAGAUUAGGCUUAUUCUUUGAUCGGGAAACCGUCCCUUGAAGACAAAGUAGGUAGCUAAUAGCUAGUUAAUGAGGUAACACUUUAUUUGAAUGUUCCAUUAUACUGUCUGUAGACCUGAAUAUCAUCGUUAUAAGCAUGACAUUAAGGAUAUUACUCAGUAUGUAGACAAAAGCUUGUGCUACUAACAACUAACUUUACUCUGUCAUGACACAACAAACUAUUACUUAUCAGGCCCGUUUCCCAGACAUGCAUUGAGCCUAGUCCAGGAUGUGUCCGGGAAACCGCUCAUAGUGAUAUAAAUGGUGGUUUGCAUAGUUUUCUAAGAUUUAUAAUGUGUAUUGACAGUGAUAAGUCAGUUGUUAAAACAUGGUUAUGACUGUCUUGACUUGCUAGGCUAUGCCAUAUCUAUAACACUGGCAUUGAGGCGUAUGACCACACACACCUGUUACCAUUAAGCUGUAUGUUAAUGUGGAAAUCAUAUAUCCAUGAAAGUCCCUAAUCUUUCAGAAGUGACAUGUUCUAUACUACCGGAGGUUCUAUAAUAUAUGGAUAUAUUAACAUAUAUUUAAUGUAGAUCUAUGUAUGGAUUUAGGCUGACUAAGGCACUUAAAUAUGAAAAUAACAGUUUGGAUCAGUUUGUUUUCUAGUUAAAAUGUCAGAAAAAUGUGAAUGUCGUUAAGAAGUCACUAUACUGAACCGUCCUGCGACCUAAACGUAUUAAGAAUUAUUAACCCAUUUUAUAUGUCAUCAGACCCUAUCUACUUGUAUUUAAGAAGAAAACGUUUUUAUUUCGGUAACUAGCUGUGCAUUUUAUAGUAAAAUAACUAUGAUCGCAUAAGAAAACAAUCUAUGACAGUAUUUAAUAACCGUAUGAUGUUAACAGAAUCAUCUGUAGCUCGGUGUAUCAGGGUCAACUGUUUUCUUAUGAUAUCACUUCCUGGUCAGAUAACGUAGCCUAGAUUCGUUGUAAGAUUUUAAAGAAUAGCAGUACAAGCUGUAUGUUCAUGUUCACAUGCUGUUGUUUACCAUAAUGUCAAGCCUCGGAUCAUAGGUUUGUUUGUUUAUUUGGAAAACAACAACAGUCAUUUUCUGACAAGUACGGAUUCUAUCUCUUUUUAUAAUGUGCUUAAAUGUGUAAAGCAACGAAAUGCAUAAUUCAAGAAACGAUGUAAAUGUAUGUAAUGCUUGCUUACAAUCCAAUUUCAGGACUGAUACAAUAUCAUUGGUUAGCUCGCACUAAGAACAUUAGACAUCAGUGAUUUGGUGAAUGGCUGCAUUGCAUUAUGUUUUUACCCAUUUCUACUCUUGGUUCUGUCAUAUAAGGAAAGGCUUGUGUUGUUUGGUAAGCAAGGACUUACAGAAAUGCAAAUUACGAUGAGUAAUUUAUACUUCAGCUGUUUUGGUAACACUUUACUGAAAGCGUCCAGGUAAAAUGCAUUAUAACUUGUUAUUAGCAUGAGCCUUUAUCAUGUCUUAUAAGGCUUAUAAGAUGCUUACAAUGUAUUAUAACUGCAUCAUAAUGCAUUAUACCUGUGUGCUUUGAACAGACAGACUUUAAUGUGCCAUGUUAUAAGCUUGAAACAUUUGCCUUAAUAACUUUGAUUUUGCUGCUAGUCUUCUUUACAGUUGGUGGUCAUCUAAUAUUUGAAUAUCCUCUCUUAUCCAUAAAGGGUUCACUAUGCUAUCCUCUUCUUCCUGAUCAGUCUAACUAUAUUCACCUUCUGCUGCUUAUUUCAUGGAGUGAUCGUCUUCUUUUUCCUUGACAAUCAGUGUUUUCUUGAUACACAAGGUGUGCGUUCCAAAUGGUAGUGCACUUGUUUUGACCAGACCCCAAUGGGCCCUGGUCAAGAGUAGUGCACUAUACAGGGAAUAGGAUGCCAUUUGAGACUCAACCGAGAUCUGAACAGCACAUGGACCAACGGCGGUACAACUUACUCUCUGCCUCUCCUAGAAGGUUUUUACUAACGGUAAUGAAUCAAUGACUUUUCAGUUAUUAUACAAAUCAGUCAGCAGCUCAUUUUAUAGGGAUUCAUAAUCUACAGAUCAUUAUGUUCAUUCAUAAUCUAUGUAGAUUAAUGAUCUAGAUUGUACAGCCACUUCAUGAGCCCAGAGUGUAAGGCUUUAAUAGCAGUUAGUGUAGAUACAUUUAUAAAAUACAUUGUGUGAAUGAAUGAAUGUCAGGACAAUGAAAAUAUAUAAGCUCACGGAUGGUACCACAUCUGUGUUUUGCAAUGCAGCUAAAGGCAUACAUUUCAAAUGUAAAGUUCAAAUGUGUUUAAUAAACAUACUGGUUUGGUUCAAAAUA